AUGCUUAAAUUGGCAAGGAAUGCUUUGGGUCACUUAGGUUCUAUCGUUGACUGUGAAAACAAUAUUAUCACAUGGAAAUUAUUUUCAUCACUCAAUAAAAUCCAAGAAUGUGAAGGUUUCAAAUUAGCAAACAAGUUUUCAUCAAGACAUCUCCAGUUUUUGAAGCACAAAAUGAAUGUCCAACUAGCAGCCCAAACCCUUAGCUCAUCUGUAGCAGAUGCUAUUGAAUUUUUAGAUAAAUCAGUGAAACUUAAAGAAUUUCAAAACUCAAUCGGCACUGUUAAAUUUAUCAGAAUAGUGGAUAGAUUAUUUGACAUUCUAAACUCUCGAAACCCAAUUGCAAAAGGAUUUGAACAACCACUGCGUCAUCAAUCGAGAAAUACAUGGGAAGAAAUCUUGAAGCAUUCUGCUGAGUAUUUGCUCAGUUUAAAAACACAUGACAGUACCAACCAAUUGUUGGUCACACAUCAAAGAAAAACAUUCAUUACUGGCUUUGUCACAACUAUUAAAUCGACAAUUGAUAUGACAACAGCAAUGUUCAGUGAUGAAAAUGCUUUCAAAUAUCAGCUUACUUACAGGUUCUCACAGGAUCAAAUUGAACUAUUAUUUUCGUAUAUAAGAGCACAGGGUGGCUGGAACAACAAUCCGAACUGCCUACAACUGAAGUAUGCAAUGAGUAAAAUGCUGUUGAGGAACACAAUCAUAGCCUCAAAAAAUGCCAACUGCCUGACAUUUUCUGAUUCCACAACAACAAUUAUCCCAUUCUUUCACUCCCAGAAACACAAAGCACAUUUAAAAGAAACUCCAACAGAUAACCUGGACGAACCUGAAAGCAGUCCUGAAGAAGACCUACUCUGCAGUCGAAUCAGUACAUCCGAAUUUCUGUCCAACAUCCUGUUUUACAUCAGUUUUCAAACUGGUUAA